UGGAGAUUGCGACGCGACAAACCUCUAAAGUGAAACUACUGUUCUUACCUAUACUGUGGUCGAGUCAAGUCAGUAAGUGGAAUACGCUAUAGGUAGACCAGGUAGACUAUAUAGGCUACGGAAUAUACACUUUUUUGAUUGUGAUAAUGGUUGGAUAUUGUCGUGUUUGCAAAAUAGGAACAGGAGAGGAAGAUGAUGUAUCCAUUCAUCGGCUGCCAAAAGACGAAAAGACUAAAGCAAUUUGGUUUGCGUUUAUUGGUCAUGAAAUAAAUGUAAACAGUGGAAUUUGUAGCAAACAUUUUAAACAAUCUGAUUUUAUUUACAAAAUAUACGGAGAUGGUAUUAGACGAUUCCUUAAACAAGGAGCAUUUCCAUCUAUACAGUUUUCAUCUGAUAUUAGGGAAAACUUGAAAGAUGAACUUUCUGAAGACAUCAACAAUUGCAUUUCAUCGAGAACUGAAAGAGAUACUGAUCCUGAAAAAAAUAUAACAAUAAAAGAGGAACAAGAAUGCAUAAUUAUAGAUGAAACUGUAAUAAAGGCAGAGAAUUCAAUGGAGGGGGAUGUUCAAUCCAUAAGUGAAACUGAGGAUCCCUUAACCAUUAUGGAACAUAAUACUAACUUGGAAACAAGUACAGUAUUAGGAAAUGAGAUACAAGAAUUCAUAAAUAUAGAUGAAACACAAAUAAAUACAAAUUCAACAGAUAUGAGAAGAGAAAUCGAUCCCUUAGCUAUUAUAAAAUAUGAUACUGACUUGAAAACAAAUAUAAUAUUAGGAAAUAAAAUACAAGAAUCCAUAAAUAUAGAUGAAACAAUCAAUACAAAUUCCAUAGAUAAUCAAUUGGAAAGAAAAACAAGCAAUUCUUUAGCGACUAGAAAACGUUUCCACAAUGUAAGAUACGUUGGAGAUUUAUGUCGACAGGAUUUCACUUCAGAUGAAUCUUGGCGUUUAUUUAAAAACUAUUUAGCAAGUGAUCUAACAGAAUACGCCAGUCAGGUGAAAGAGAUUGGUGUUUUGGGCCUUUAA